AUGAACCUCAUCGUGCGGCACUAUGUCGACGGACCGGAUAGUCACGCCUUCAAGGAGCACGUCAAGCGUCGUCUAGAUUUUUUGUGGCUUGGUCCCCAAGGAAUGAUGAUGUGCGGUACCAACGGAAGCCAACUGUGGGACAUUUCAUUCAUCAGCCAGGCGCUUGCAAAGACUGGAUUGGGCGACUUACCCGAGAAUCACGAGUCAAUGAUGGCAGCCCUCAACUGGUUAGACAGGACGCAAAUGCAAUCCAACCCAAUUCACUUCCAUACAGCAUAUCGACAGGCGACAAAGGGUGCUUGGCCAUUUUCGACAAAGACGCAGGGGUACACUGUAAGCGACUGCGCUGCAGAAGGGCUCAAAGCUGUUCUAUUCCUCCAAGAAAACAUGCCAGAGGAGAAACGACCGAUCAAGGAGCGAAGGCUGUGUGACACUGUCGAUAUUCUACUCGACAUGCAGAAUCCGACAGGUGGAUGGGCGUCGUAUGAACGUCGGCGUGGACCCAUGCUCUUGGAGAAGAUUAACCCAUCCGAGGUGUUUGGCGAUAUCAUGGUUGAUUGUGAUUACCCCGAAUGCACGACAUCAGUGAUCACCGCCCUCUCAAUCUUCCGCAAACACUAUCCUCACUAUCGACCAAAGGAAAUUGAGACUGCAACGAAGAAUGCCAUCAAGUACAUUCACGAUGCUCAGGAUUCCUGCGGGGCUUGGCUCGGUCGUUGGGGCAUCUGUUUCACCUAUGCAACCAUGUUCGCUCUCGAGUCUCUCUCCCUCGUAGGGGAAACGUACGAGAAUAGUACAGCAGUCCGAAGGGCAUGCGACUUUAUCAUCUCCAAACAACGCGCAGAUGGUGGAUGGGGCGAAAGUUGGGAGACAUGUGAGCAGCUUAAGUGGAUAGAGCACGAAUCGUCCCAAGUGGUUCAAACCGCUUGGGCUGGCCUGGCUCUCAUGUACGCGAAGUACCCUCACCGCGGACCACUGGAAAAGGCAGCCCAACUCAUUAUGUCAAGACAACUUCCCGACGGCUCAUGGGCGCAAGAAGCGAUCGAAGGCGUCUUCAACAAAACGGUUGCCAUUGGAUAUCCGAAUUUCAAGUUUUCGUUCACUAUUUGGAUGCUCGGUCGUGCCCACAAAUACUUGCAGGAGCUUCCUUGA